CAAUGCACCAAACAAUUCCUUCAUAAUUCACCUCUCUCUCUCUCUCUCUCUCUCUCUCUCUCUCUCUCUCUCUCUCUCUCUCUCUCUCUCUCUCUCUCUUCUUUGUUUCCACACAUUGACAAAGAAGGUCCUCUAGAUCACACUGAAGGAGGAAAAAGAGUUAAAAAAGGGUGAGAUGAGGAAAAUAGAUGAGGGAACCUCCUCCAUAUGCAUCAUUUUGAGAUAUGGUGAUUGGAUUGAUUUAGUGCUCAUGCUAAUGGGUGCUUUGGGAGCAAUAGGAGAUGGCUUGUCCACAAACGUUUUGCUCCUGUUUGCUAGCCGUAUCAUGAACAGCUUAGGUUAUAAAAAUAACCAACAAGUUAGUGGCACUUCCAUGACUGAGGUUGAAAAGUGCAGCUUAUAUUUUGUCUACUUGGGAUUAGCAGCUAUGGUGGUUGCUUUCAUGGAAGGGUAUUGUUGGAGCAAAACAAGUGAGAGGCAGGUGUUGAGAAUUCGCUACAAGUAUUUGGAAGCUGUCCUCCGACAAGAAGUGGGGUUUUUUGAUUCACAAGAAGCAACUACUUCAGAAAUCAUUAAUAGCAUAUCAAAGGACACUUCUCUUAUACAAGAAGUUCUAAGUGAAAAGGUGCCCCUAUUUUUAAUGCACUCAUCAUCAUUCAUCUCUGGGGUUGCAUUUGCCACCUACUUCUCAUGGAGGCUGGCUUUAGUAGCAUUCCCAUCGCUGCUCCUGCUUAUCAUCCCCGGCAUGAUUUAUGGCAAGUACCUCAUCUACUUGUCAAAAUCGUCUGUAAAAGAGUACGGCAAGGCAAACGCCAUCGUUGAACAGGCCUUAAGCUCUAUCAAAACAGUGUAUUCGUUCACCGCGGAGAAGAGAAUCAUGGGGAGAUAUUCAGAUAUAUUGGAUAGAACUUCAAGGCUUGGGAUUAAACAAGGCAUAGCUAAGGGUCUUGCUGUGGGAAGCACAGGGAUCUCUUUUGCAAUAUGGGCUUUUCUUGCUUGGUACGGGAGCCGUUUGGUCAUGUACAAAGGUGAAAGUGGAGGAAGAAUCUAUGCAGCAGGCAUUUCCUUCAUCAUGAGUGGACUAUCCCUUGGAGUAGUACUUCCUGAUUUGAAGUACUUCACGGAAGCAUCAGUUGCAGCCUCACGCAUAUUUCAUAUGAUUGACCGAACUCCACAAAUUGAUGGUGAAGACACAAAGGGACACAUAUUAGAUACCAUUAGUGGCAACCUUGAUUUUGAGCAUGUGAAAUUCACAUACCCUUCUCGUCCAGACACAGUUGUUCUUAACAAUUUUAAUCUCAAAGUGGAAGCAGGGAAAACCAUUGCUCUAGUUGGUGCUAGUGGAAGUGGCAAAUCCACUGCAAUAGCAUUACUGCAAAGAUUCUAUGAUGCUGAUGAAGGUGUUGUGAGGGUUGAUGGUGUGGACAUAAAGAGUUUGCAGUUGAAAUGGAUAAGAGGGAAAAUGGGACUUGUGAGUCAAGAACAUGCAAUGUUUGGAACAUCCAUUAAGGAGAAUAUUGUGUUUGGGAAGCCUGAUGCUACCAUGGAUGAAAUUGUAGCUGCAGCUUCAGCAGCCAAUGCUCAUAACUUCAUAAGGCAACUUCCUGAGGGUUAUGAAACCAAGAUUGGAGAAAAGGGAGCACUUCUUUCAGGAGGGCAAAAGCAGCGAAUAGCCAUUGCAAGGGCCAUCAUAAAGAAUCCAGUAAUUCUCCUACUUGAUGAGGCAACCAGUGCUCUUGACUCUGAAUCAGAAUUACUAGUUCAGAAUGCCCUAGAUCAGGCCUCCAUGGGGAGGACUACUUUGGUUGUUGCCCACAAGCUAUCAACUAUUAGAAAUGCAGACCUCAUAGCAGUUGUAAGUGGUGGUUGCAUCAUUGAAACUGGUACACACAAUGAACUCAUCAACUCUCCUAAUGCCCACUAUGCAAGACUUGCAAAACUACAAACACAAUUGAGCAUGGAUGACCAGGACCAAAAUCCAGAACCAGGUGUUUUUUCUUCAGCAAGAAGCAGUGCAGGUAGACCAAGCAGUGCAAGGUCAAGCCCUGCAAUUUAUCCAAAGUCACCAUUGCCUGAUGAUAUUACAACCACCCCAUCUCCUGUUCCUCACCCUCCACCUUCAUUUCCAAGGCUUCUAUCUCUGAAUUCCCCUGAAUGGAAACAAGGUCUUAUUGGAACCCUCUCAGCUAUAGCCUUUGGCUCAGUUCAACCUCUAUAUGCUUUAACAAUUGGUGGCAUGAUUUCUGCAUUUUUUGCUGAUAGCCAUGAGGAAAUGAGAAAAAGAAUUAGGAUGUAUUCUCUAAUUUUCUCUUUGCUAUCACUUGCUUCUAUUACCCUCAAUGUCUUGCAACACUACAAUUUUGCUUACAUGGGAGCCAAGUUAACCAAAAGGAUUAGAUUGCACAUGCUGGAGAAGAUCUUAACCUUUGAAACUGCAUGGUUUGAUGAGGAGAUAAACUCAAGUGGAGCAUUGUGCUCAAGGUUGAGCCAUGAGGCUUCCAUGGUGAAGUCCCUUGUCGCGGACCGGCUCUGUUUGCUUGUUCAAACCACUUCAGCUGUCACCAUUGCAAUGAUCAUCGGGCUCGCCGUGGCGUGGAAGCUUGCUCUUGUCAUGAUAGCAGUACAGCCACUUGCAAUCCUUUGCUUUUACACCAGAAAAGUAUUACUCUCUACACUUUCAACCAAGUUUGUCAAGGCGCAGAAUCGAAGCACGCAGAUCGCAGUGGAGGCGGUUUAUAAUCAUAGAAUUGUGACAUCAUUUGGCAGCAUCACAAAAGUUCUGAGACUGUUUGAUGAGGCUCAAGAGGCACCAAGGAAGGAGGCGAGGAAGAAGUCUUGGCUAGCUGGUAUUGGAAUGGGUUCUGCUCAGUGCCUAACUUUCAUGACAUGGGCUUUGGAUUUCUGGUAUGGUGGUAGUUUGGUUGGAAAGGGAGAAAUCUCAGCAGGGGAUGUGUUCAAAACAUUUUUUGUGUUGGUGAGCACUGGCAAGGUCAUAGCUGAAGCUGGAAGCAUGACUUCUGACCUUGCUAAGAGCUCAACAGCAGUAGCAUCCAUAUUUGAAAUCCUUGACAGGAAAUCACUAAUUCCUAAGGUUGGAGAUAGCAUUAAUGGCAUUAAGUUGGAAAAGAUGAGUGGAAAGAUAGAGUUGAAGAAUGUUGAUUUUGCUUAUCCAAGCAGGGCAAGGACUCCGAUUCUGCGCAAGUUUUGCUUGGAGGUGAAGCCAGGAAAGAGUGUUGGUCUAGUUGGGAAAAGUGGAUGUGGGAAAUCAACAGUGAUUGCCUUGAUUCAGAGAUUCUAUGAUGUUGAGAGAGGUUCAGUGAAAGUGGAUAACGUGGACAUAAGGGAAUUAGACAUCCACUGGUACAGGCAACACACUGCACUCGUAAGCCAAGAACCUGUGAUAUAUUCUGGCAGCAUAAGGGACAACAUUUUGUUUGGGAAGCAAGAUGCAACAGAGAACGAAGUGGUUGAGGCUGCAAGAGCUGCAAAUGCUCAUGAAUUCAUAUCAUCACUGAAAAAUGGAUAUGAAACUGAAUGUGGAGAAAGGGGAGUACAAUUAUCAGGGGGGCAAAAGCAGAGAAUAGCAAUAGCAAGGGCCAUAAUUCGAAACCCAAUGAUACUGCUACUAGAUGAGGCAACAAGUGCUUUGGAUGUGCAAUCAGAACAAGUGGUGCAAGAGGCACUAGAUAGGACCAUGGUUGGAAGAACUACCAUUGUUGUGGCACACAGGCUUAACACCAUCAAAGAGCUUGACUCAAUUUCCUAUGUGUCAGAAGGCAAGGUUCUGGAGCAAGGAACAUAUUCUCAACUUAGGCACAAGAGAGGUGCAUUUUUUAACCUUGCCAGCUAUCAAAUCCAAACUUAGGUUAUGUAAAUUAUUUUCAUGGAGACAUUAUUGAGGAAUAUGAUAUCACCCUGAGAAUGCAUCAUGGUCUUCUCUCAAGCCCACCUAAGAAGAUUUGGGUUUGAGGCCCUCUGUUCAACUUUAAGGGCCCAGGUUUUGUACAAAAAUAGGCUAUCACAAGUAUAGUAUGAUCUGGACCCGAAUCCAAAAUCUAAAUGUUAUGUGCAUGUAAAUUGCAAUGGUUAGUUGGACCCAAAAAAAAAUAUUUCCCAAA